AUGAUGGAAGCCAUUAAGAAAAAGAUGCAAAUGCUGAAAUUGGACAAGGAGAAUGCUCUGGAUCGGGCAGAGCAAGCUGAAGCUGAGCAGAAGCAAGCAGAAGAAAGAAGCAAACAGCUGGAGGAUGAACUGGCAGCCAUGCAGAAGAAGCUGAAAGGCACAGAGGAUGAGCUGGACAAGUAUUCUGAAGCUUUGAAGGAUGCCCAGGAGAAGCUGGAGCUGGCAGAGAAGAAGGCAGCUGAUGCCGAGGCUGAGGUAGCCUCCUUGAACCGUAGGAUCCAGCUGGUUGAAGAGGAGCUGGAUCGUGCCCAAGAGCGCCUAGCCACUGCCUUGCAAAAAUUGGAGGAAGCGGAAAAAGCUGCUGACGAGAGUGAGAGGUGUGUGGGAAUACAGAUCUUAUUUUUAUUUUAUUUUUUAAGAGGAAUGAGAAAUAUUCACAGUAAGUGUUCUGAGCUGGAGGAGGAGCUGAAGAAUGUCACCAACAACCUCAAGUCUCUUGAGGCUCAGGCGGAGAAGUAUUCUCAAAAAGAAGACAAAUAUGAGGAAGAAAUAAAGAUUCUUACUGAUAAACUCAAGGAGGCAGAGACCCGUGCUGAGUUUGCUGAGAGAUCGGUAGCCAAGCUGGAAAAGACAAUUGAUGAUUUGGAAGAUAAACUGAAAUGUACCAAAGAGGAGCACCUCUGUACACAAAGGAUGCUGGACCAGACUCUGCUUGACCUGAAUGAGAUGUAGAGCACCCCAGUCCCACCCUGCUGCUGCUUCUCCCUCUGACCCUGACUCCACCUGAGGCCAGCCUGCCUGAAGCUGACCUUUAAACUGAGGGCUGAUCUUUAACUGGAAGGCUGCUUUCUCCUUUCACCACCCUCUUCAUCCCCUGCCCACCCCACCGCCAUGUCUUUUUCACCAAAUUGACUCUGUCUCUUCCCAGAAAUUCCAGCUGGGCUAGAGGCUGAGCAUCUUUGGGAACAACAUUUAAGGGAAUGUCAGCACAAUGCAAAUUGUCUUUAAAAGCAUGUUGUGAUGUACACAUUUUGUAACUACCUUUUUUGUUGUUGUGGCAACCAUUUGUAAAACAUUCCAAAUACUUCCCCAGCUCUUGAAGCAGCAGUCUAAUCCCUUUCUCACUUUUGGAAGAUGACUUUUAAGCUUAAUGCAUAUUGCCCUCUUCUUAGAAGAGGGGAAAAAGGUCUGGGCCUGCCUUACUGAGAACCAAACAGAGCCCAGGGAGAAACUCCUCUACAGACAACCUCACUGCUCUGUACAAAGUACCAGCCAAACCAGAAAGGUGAUCCCAGGAGGAGUUAGCCAAAAAA